AUGGGGCGCAUACCUGACUUGGGGGAACAGCUACACCAUCUCUUCGCAUUGCCGACAUUCAGCUCCCUUCGGAUGGGGGGAGGGGGUGUCACUUCAUAUCAUUGCUUCCCUACUCCUAGAAUCUAUGUGGAUCUCGGUGUGUUUUUCUCCCGGCUGAAGGUGACAGAUGAGAGCAGACAAAGGAUGAGUGUGGACUCCCUGCUGGCUCAGUACCGGAGCUGGCUGCUCAGUAUCUCACCUCAGGGCGAUAGAGCUUCAUGUACAAACGCCAAGCUGAUUGACAAGGUGAGGGGAAGUAUCCUGGAAGAGCCCGACCUGCACCAUGCUUUCCACAAUGAUGUCUUCUCCUUGGUCGCCAGUGGCCUCCAGGACCAGUCAGAUCUACUCUCCACCCUGAAUCGUAUGGCCGAUGCCUUCCAGACUCUGGAGCUGGCUGCCCUUCAUCUUUAUUUUACUCCUUGGAGAAAAGAGUUUCACACUAUUAAGACCUACUCUGGCCAUUACGUACACAUAUUGGAGCCGGCGCUCUCUCAAGAUGGAAUUUUUCUGGCUCUCGGCAAAUUAGGGUACGAGCCGCAGGAAGGUGGGACUUGCCUGUGUCUGCAGGUCCUGCCUUCAGAACACGCGCUGAGUAUGGCGGCCCUGGGCUUCCUGGCUGCUCAGUUGGAGUGUCGCAUACUGACUGACAUCGUCCAAUGCUCGGGACCUGCGUCGGUGAACGGAGCCGAUCUCAUCCAGGAGAGGAAGACCUGGAGAGGAGAAGCUGCAUGUAUGGAGAGACUACAGAAGCUGAUCCAGGAAGCCGACCAAGUUCCCAAGUCUCCUCCCACCCUGGAAGCUUGCAAAAGCGGCGCCUUUAAUGGAGACAGCGAGUUAUACAGGCCCAAGUUCUGUGACCUUUGCCACGAAACCUGGGAUCAGCACCGGAACGGGAAAUGUAGGGAAAGAACCGAGACACAGGAUCUUCUCCCACGUGGAGAGGACGCCAGUCACGGGUUACGGAAACAGGUUGAAUUUGACAUGCAUGACUGCGUGUACGCGGAUAAUUCGUUGGAGCAGUGUUGUGCCGAGUGUCGCCUUUUCCACAGCUCGUCCUGUCCAGUGCUGCCAAAGUGCAAGAAUUUGGGGCACCCGGUCACCCAGCUGACUCCGCUGAAGAAGCGGGAAGCCGUGAUGGAGGAAGAGGGCAAGAAAUACCAGUUGCACAUCUGCUUACAGCCUGGGCAGUUGCCGCAUUACCGCUGCUCUGAGUGCAGGGAACUUCAUUACAUAAACUGCAAGGGGCUGGAGCAGUGCCGCAGCAAGAAGCACAGCGCCAAAAUGAUCAUGCUGGAGAAAGACCAGCAGCUAUGGUUACGGCGGAGCUUAAUGGACCUGACCCAGCUGUGUAUAGACAGAGCUGUGGAUAGGGGCAGUGAAGUGUAACCCUCUAAGUCAGGGGUAGGCAACCUUGGCA